UCGAGAGAUUAGGCAGUCACGCUUCGGGAUACUUCGGACUGCGCCGUGUGGGUCCGCGUGACGCGUCGUAUCGCCACCGGGUAUAUAGAGAGGGGUCGCGCACAGGCGGGGUUUGCUCCAGUCCCUCCGCGACCGUUCUGUGAGCGUGCGCGCACGCGUGCGAACCCAAUCGACUAGAGCUGCCGCUCCGUCCGCGCGUCGAAGUCUCCGUAGCACCAUGCGGUGUUUGGCGCUGCUGCUGCCGUUCCUCUGCGUCGCCGCGGCGCAGAGGCCCGAGCUGAACGAGUUCAAAGAGGUGUACAUGUGGAACCAGUUCGACUUUAAGUGGCCGGACGAGUCGGCGAGGCUGCGCGCGCUGUCGGAUGCGCGCUUCCAGCCCGUCAACUGCGCGCUGUCGGGCAUCCGCGCGUGGCGCGACCGGCUGUACGUAACGGUGCCGCGGCUGCUGCCGGGCGUGCCGGCCACGCUCGCCUCGCUGCCGGCCGCCGCGCCGCCGGCCGCCUACUCUCCGCCGCUCGACCCCUUCCCGUCCUGGGACAUGCAGGCCGUCGGCAACUGCACCGCGCUGCAGUACGUGCAGAGCGUCGAGAUCGACGCCGCCGGCAGGAUGUGGGUGCCCGACUCGGGCCGCGUCAACACGCAGUCGGGCAACGCGGACGCGCGCUGCCCGCCCAAGCUGCUCGUCAUUGACGUGGAGAGCGGGCGCGUGCAGCGCACCGUCCAGUUCGAGCCCGGCCUGCUCGCCCCGGACUCGCUGCUCGCCGACGUCGUGGUCGGCGACGACGACGUAGCGUACGUGAGCGACGCGAGCCCGAGCGACCCGGGCAUCGUGGUGGUGAGCGCGCGCGACAGCCGCGCCUGGAAGGUGCGCGACCGCACCAUGCGCGCCGACAGCACCUUCGUGCAGGUGGGCCAGCGCCGCACCGAGCUGCGCCACAACGUGUUCGCGCUGGCGCUGUCGCCGCGGCCGCGCGCCGGUCCCCGCCGCCUCUUCUACUCGCCGCUCAGCAGCUACGACCUGUUCUCGCUGCCCGCGGAUGCGCUGGCCGCGCCCGGCGUCGCCGUCUCGGCGCUCGUCAGGAACCACGGCCGCAUGCAGUCGCCGGUGCAGGCGGCGGCGGCCGACUGGCACGGCAACCUCUACCUGGGCUACCUGCAGCAGGACGCCGUCGCGCGCUGGGACAGUUCGCAGCCGCUGGCGCAGGCCCGCCUGCUCACGCAGGACCCGGAGCGCCUGCAGUGGAUCUCGUCGCUGGCCGUAGACGCCGACCGCAACCUCUGGGUCGUCAGCAACCGGCUGCAGAACUUCAUGGCCGGCACCGUCAACCAGCAGACGCCCAACUACCGCGUCAUCCGCGCCUUCGUCGAUGCAAAGUCGUACUUGUACAGCGACGACGCGUGGACGCCGCAGCAGGGCAGCGCCUUCACCGUGCCCGGAGCAGCCGCCACCACCCGCAGCAGCACCAGUAGCUUCGUCACCACCACUACAGUGCCGCUGCACGCAGACGGCGGGGCUUCCGCUCCGGCCGUCACGGUGCUACUCUACUCGUUACUGCUGUUACCGAUGCUAGUCGUUCUAGCCUGAGGUGCUCAGUAAUAACUGUGAAGUAAAAAUCACCGAGCACUCGUACUUAGUCGCGCCGCACGACGCUCGCUACAAGCGAGAACACUCUUAUUAGAGUGUGGCACUCGACCAACAUUUUCAAAAUUCGCUGUACUUCUUUCGUGGUAACCGUAGUCUCUGUUCUUCGCAAAACUGAGACAGUGAAAUAAAUGGAAAACUUAAUAAACGAGCCCCCUCUACUGCCAAUGGACACUUUGAAGCACAGAUCCACGUAAAGGCUUCAUCGAGUUGUCAAAGGACCUUCAUUUCUAUGCCAGCACACUAGAAAAGCGAAUCUACAAAUUUUUCCAAUUUCUGAGUUAAACAACAUUACACUGAAGUAACUCCAUAUCAUCGUUGACAACUGUCUGUGAUCGUACAAUAGUGUAAACAACUUGUAGGAUAGGGAAAUAUUUUUUAAACCUUUGCCUACAAAAUGCAUCGGUACAAUUCUUCUUUCAAAAUUUUGGGCACGUGACAGAUGUGAGUUGUGUAUUUUAUGGCAUAUUAUUUCGUUAUUUUCUUCAGAAAAUUCUGCAGAUGGUCUGAGAGAUGUUCUAUGUAUUUGGAUCCGAUGUCGGAUACAUUACGACAGAUAUCAUCCAUAAUCGAGCUUCUGGUUUUUUCACGUGACAAGAAGCUCCUUCCAUAAGAGACUUAACCCCUGGUGAUGGAGCUGUGCCUUGAAAUGCACAUUGGCGUAGUAAAAACGCCGUUGAUAACCCUGUAGACGGACUUAAGUACCAAGUUUUCCAUUUGUAAAAGAAGACAGGCAUUUAGCUAGCAGUGACAUGUCUGUGCUGGCCACUUUUACAUUCUACAGCGACACUUUGAGUGUGUCUAAUUUCACCGUCAAAUUGUUUAAAGAUAACAAAACCACUUUACAUUGUCAGAAGACUGGCUGUGAGGUGGAUUUGUGGAAGGAAGGAGGCUGAAUCUGUCAGUAUGUGGAAAGUGAGAGUUCACCAGCAAAAGGCAGUCAUCUGGCACAGAAUCUGUUAUCACUUGGACAGAAAAAUACCACAAAAUUAAUACAGAACAGACUUAUUUCCUCCUCCUCCACGUUACGCUGUUCAGUAACAGAAAUACUUGACAAUUACCUUGAAUGUAACAUCAUCAGCAUAAGAAUUAAAAUGGGUUUUGGUAUUCCCAAUAGUAUUACAGGGCAGCAUUGUCCGCUGUAUCAUUCCUCCCAUUCAGCUGCCUCUUUAGCUUCAGUGCACACGUGUGCGCGCGUGUGUGUGUGUGUGUGUGUGUGUGUGUGUGUGUGUGUGUGAGUGAGUGAGAGAGAGAGAGAGAGAGAGAGAGAGUGUGCAUAUUAUUUCGUUAUUUUCUUCAGAAAAUUCUGCAGAUGGUCUGAGAGAUGUUCUAUGUAUUUGGAAGCUAUCAGCUACUUGUGUUAUCUGUAAAAAUACUGUGUCCACUUUGUAAAUAUGUAUUUGUGUAUGUACUGAUCCACUGAGCAAGUAAUAAUAUAGAAUUCAUAAGAACUGUGAUCCAAAUGAUAAAUGACUGGAUGUUGUGUGGUGUGUGAGUCCUUGUUAAAUGAAACUGUUUGCUGUUCAUGAAAUCUGUUCCACUUUCAACAAAGGGAGGCAGGCUAUAUGACAUCAGAGGUAGAAAAUCAGUCUGAACACAUCUUAUAGUUAAGCAUAUAACUUCAGAUUCUCAGCUAAAACUCGUAUCAAAUUAAACAUAUUUACAGCUUCAGUUUUGCACUCAGUUUAAUAGCAGUUUUAUCUUUUCAUUUGAGUGGUAAAAUAUUUGUCAUAGAUUGUGUUCUAUAACUGUAAUAUUAUAAAAUCUCUGACAAAUGAGGUAGCUAUAUAUUCAUAACUGCUAAGGUUUGUAUGAAAUAAACUGCAUUACUCAUUAGUGACACAUAACUUUGUGAAAUCAUUGAGCACACAUCCAGAAAUUUAAUGUUACCUAAAACUAACUCUAAACACUGUGUGUACGUAUGUGAAACUGUUUAUAAUGUAUACUUUGACCUCGUGAUAAUGGCUAUAAUAAAAUUUAUCUUCACAAUUAUUAGUUUCCAUUGUGUAAUUUACUUAACAUAGUUUUGGUUUUGCUUUCAGAGAACCCAUUUACAAUAUUUUCAAAUGUUCGAGAGUCGCUUUCAUCCACAGCAAAUUAUAAUCUUUGGUUGUGUGGCAUUCACAUCAUGCUUAUGUCAUAGAUAUUUAUCAUUCUUUCAGUAUGCAGUUCCAUUUCUGAACUCAAUCUCCAAAUAGUGCAAAAAUGGCAAAAUUCUGGCCUUUUUUGUCUCAUGUAUUAUAAUAGCACAUUCUGUUUAUACUUUCGAGAGAGAGAAGAGGGAAUCAACCUUUACCUUGAACCAGAAAAUUUGCUAACCAUGCUGAGUGGUAAAAUACUCUCAUAAGGCUGGGAUAUAGUUCUCAACAUCUAUGAAGCAUUAUCAAAUUCUUGGUGAAGUGUUAAUCUAGCUCUAAAUGUGUGACUGUGAUAUAUCUUAAUGUGUCAGGUAUAUUGCAUAUAUGAUUUAAUCAAAUAUUACUGGAAAAAUUUAAUUAAAAUGUUUCUGUCAACCAGUCAUUAAGAAAUCACCUACUCUGUUUCUGCCAGAGAAAACAUUACAUUCAAUAGUUGAAAACUAUUAAAAGUAUCACUUUAGAUUCAGCAAGUCAAUUUAGAUUUCUUGAGAUAUGCAACAACCAAUUCCAUAAGGAGAAUGAAGAAUUAUUUCCUUUUCUUUUAUAUAUGAAGAGUGUCACAUUUCAGUGGUUUCUUCAUUUCUUCUCCUGGCAGUGUUUCAUUAAAUUGAACCAAACAAAUUAUACAACAAAAAUCAAAAUAAACACAUGCAAACAUAAAGUGAUCUGUCAUAUGCAAAAGAAUAGGGAAGCACUGAUUUUGGUUGUCUAUGCAUCAUACCAAAGAAUAGAAAUAGUAUUCAUCAUCUUCUUCAGUCAAAUGGCUCUGACUCAAAUGAGUUCAUUACAAAGAUGGACAAUUCCAUUUUUCAUUAAGUUUAGAUGUUAACUGAUUCCAGUAGUACUUUUCAAGUCAAAGCUAAUCAUAAACUUCUCAAGUUUCAAAAAUGGACAAAAUUUGGGCAUCUCCAUUAUAUUUCAGCUUCAUAUCAGGCCAACAUCAGCAGCAGCCAAUAAAAUGACAGGAUCACCUUUCUGGCAUUCCCAUACUGCUACGCAUAUCCAGUUUGGCGGAACCGCUUAUGUUGUAAGAUUUUGUAUUUUCAGUUGUAUCUUACAUUACAAUUUAACAUAAUAAAGUGCAAUUACAGAA